GCUUCCCUGUACAGCAGAUGUUCCGUUUGUUCUCUCUAGAAUGGAUGAUGAACCUGCUGUUGGGUCUGGUGCAGGAUGAGACCUCUCCGGCCGACCUCGUCCAUCUGGCUUUUAAAUUCCUCUACAUCAUCACCAAGGUUCGAGGCUAUAAAACAUUUCUUCGCCUGUUUCCUCAUGAAGUAGCCGACGUCCAGCCCGUUUUAGACAUGUUUGCCAACCAGAGCCCCAAAGACCAUGAGACCUGGGAGACCCGCUAUAUGCUCUUGCUGUGGCUCUCUGUGACCUGCCUGAUCCCUUUCGACUUCUCGCGCCUUGACGGGAACCUCCUUGCCCAGCCGGGACAGACGCGACUGCCCAUCAUGGACCGUAUUCUCCAGAUAGCUGAGUGCUACCUGGUGGUCAGCGACAAGGCCCGAGACGCAGCAGCCGUCCUCGUGUCCAAGUUUGUCACGCGGCCGGAUGUCAAGCAGAAGAAAAUGGCAAGUUUCCUGGACUGGAGCCUGUGCACCCUGGCCCGCUCCUCCUUCCAGACCAUUGAGGGCGUCAUUGCUAUGGACGGGACGCUGCAGGCCCUGGCGCAGAUAUUUAAGCACGGGAAACGUGAGGACUGCCUGCCCUUUGCCGCCGCCGUGCUCCGCUGCCUGGACGGGUGCAAGCUCCCCGACAGCAACCAGACCCUGCUCCGGAAACUUGGCGUGAAGCUGGUGCAGCGGCUGGGCCUGACCUUCCUGAAGCCCAGACUGGCCAAGUGGAGGUACCAGCGCGGCUGUCGCUCGUUGGCUGCCAACCUGCAGCUCCCGGCCCAGCACCAGAGCCCGCCCGCGGCGCAGGCCCCGUCCCCCGACAGCGCCGAUGCCGACUAUGACGUGCCCGAGGAGGUGGAGAGCGUGAUCGAGCAACUGCUGGUUGGGCUGAAGGACAAGGACACCAUUGUCCGGUGGUCUGCGGCCAAAGGAAUUGGCAGGAUGGCGGGCAGGCUGCCCCGAGAGCUGGCGGACGACGUGGUCGGGUCCGUGUUGGACUGCUUCAGCUUCCAGGAGACCGAUAACGCCUGGCAUGGCGGGUGCCUGGCCCUGGCAGAACUGGGCAGAAGAGGCCUGCUGCUCCCUUCUCGGCUGGUGGAUGUGGUCCCCGUCAUCCUGAAGGCGCUGGCCUACGACGAGAAGCGGGGCGCCUGCAGCGUGGGCGCCAACGUCCGGGACGCCGCCUGCUACGUGUGCUGGGCCUUCGCACGCGCCUACGAGCCGCAGGAGCUGGAGCCCUUCGUGGCCGCCAUUUCCAGCGCCAGAGGAGGCGUUUGCCCCUGGACGGACCCCCAGGACGGGAUCCCCCAGGACAGGUGCCCCGAGGAUGGGCUCCCCGGGAUGGAGUCCCCAGGACGGGUGAUGCUUCUGUGUGCAAACUGGCUCGACCGCUCUGCAAGCGGGGGCCCCAGGUCUGCGCAGGUCCCCAAAGACUACGGGCCGGGGGCCUGGGGACCCCUUCAGGGGCCCGCGGGCCAGUGGGUCUCAGUGCCUCAGCCUGCAACAGCCCAGCCUGGACAGAGCGGGGAGCGGCCCCAGCCACGGGGCAGGGCGGUGCAGGGGAGGCCACGCCGUGGCCGUGCGCUGGGCCCUGGCCGCCAUGCGGCGCUCCUGCCCGUGAGCGUCGCCUCAGGAGGUUACGCCGAGGCGCCCGAGGCACUCAGCGGCGAUGGGCAGGCUGGAGGUUGCUUGCUGGCUCCUCGGGAGCGUCCCAGCCACGCGGCCCCCAGCGUGGUGUGUGCCGCGCGGCUCUGUCCCCGCAGCACGACCGUCGCAGGCUUUGCCGAGUACACGCGGCCGAUGAUCGACCACCUGCUGACCCUGAAGAUCGGCCAUUGGGACGGGAGCUCUGUGGCUCCGCAGGUGCUUGCGGGCUUGGGGGCCGUCACCCACAUCUCUCCCGCGGACGUGAGCUUCGCAGAGGCCCGGCGGGACGCCUUGAAGGCCAUCGCGAGGGUCUGCCAGACGGUCGGCGUGAAGGCGGAGGGGCCCCCGGCCGAGGCCCUGUGCCGGGAGAACGUGCCGCAGGUGUACCGCACGCUGCUGGCCGGCCUGCAGGACUACACCACCGACAGCCGCGGGGACGUGGCGGUGGGGCCUGCGCCCCGGUAUCUGACGGCCACGCACCCCCUCAGCUGCGAGAGCGUCAUGGGCAGCCUGGCCCAGCAGGCCAGCGAGAAGAUCGACCGGUUCCGCGCGCACGCCGCCCGCGUGUUCCUGCGGCUGCUGUACCCCGACGGCCCUGCCGUCCCGCACGUGCCCCACCGGGAGGAGCUGGAGAGGCUCUUCCCCAGGUCGGAGGUGGCCGCCGUGAACUGGGGUGCGCCCGCCCAGGCCUUCCCCCGCGUCGCCCGGCUCCUGGGGCUGCCCACCUACCGCCGCCACGUCCUGCUGGGGCUGGCCGUGUCCGUGGGCGGCCUGACCGAGUCCACGGUGCGGCACUCCGCCCAGAGCCUGCUGGAGUUCACCAGGGGCCUGCAGGGCGACGCGCAGGCCCUGGGCAGCUUCGCGGGCACCCUGCUGCAGGUGUUUGAGGACAACCUCCUGCACGACAGCAGGCCCAGGGGUGCCCGCCGAGGCCGUGCUGACCUGUCGCCCGCCCCCAGGGAGGCGGAACUCCCGCUGGUGAGAGCCCAGCGCAACCGCCUGUGUGACCUCUUCGGCGUGUCCCGACCCCAGCUGGUCUCCAAGCCUGGUGCCCGCUGAGUCCACUCCCGGAGCCGAGCUGUCACACCUGCCCAGCGAGGAGGGGGCCUGCACCUGGCUCUCACUGCUGG